CCUCCUCCAUUGAUAUCCACUCCUACUACACGUCUGCACCAAUCCAUUAACCAGUGGUAUUUGAUAGCCACUUCUACUACACCAAUCCAUUAACCAUUUCUCAUCCAUCCCUCUCAUCUUUAAUUUCUCCUCCAAUGGCUUCCACCACCAAAGAAAUAGCUUCAGAGCUCCCCAAUCUCAUCAAGCAUUACAAAGAUGGCACAGUCGAACGAUUCUUCGGUUUUCCGUACGUCCCCCCAUCUCUUAACGACCCCCAAACCGGUGCCUCCUCCAAAGACAUCACCAUCUCACACAACCCUUUAGUCUCUGCUCGCCUCUACCUCCCUCGAAACAAAUCUCAAAAACUUCCCAUCUUGGUUUACUUCCACUGCGGCGGCUUUUUCUUAGAAUCGGCCUUCUCGUCCAUCCACCACCGCUACCUCAACCGCCUGGUCUCCGAAGCUCAAGUUCUCGCCGUCUCAGUCGAGUAUAGGCUCGCCCCGGAAAGCCCACUUCCUGCUGCUUAUGAAGAUUGUUGGACCGCUCUUCAAUGGGUUGCUUCUCACUCAAUCCAUCAAGAUGGUACUUCUCACAAAGAGCCCUGGCUAGUCGAUUUCGGGGACUUUGAUAGGCUUUACAUUGGUGGAGAUAGUGCUGGUGGAAAUCUUGCACAUAACAUUGCUAUGAAGGCAGGGGCUGAGAGCUUGAAUGGCGGUGUGAAAGUUUUGGGGGCUAUUCUGUCGCACUCGUAUUUCUGGGGAUCCAAGCCAAUCGGGUCGGAGCCUAAAGGUGAAGACAUUGAGAAGUCUCCACAGUGUCUCUGUUGGAAUUUAGUUUACCCUGGUGCUGAUGGAGGCAUUGACAAUCCAUUGAUUAAUCCGAUGGUUUCGGGUGCUCCGAGUUUGGCCGGGCUUGGGUGCUCUAGAUUGCUUGUUUGUGUUGCAGGCAAGGAUGAGCUGAGGGAUCGAAGUGUCUGGUAUUAUGAUUUGGUGAAGGAAAGUGGGUGGAAAGGAGAAGCGGAGUUGUUUGAAGUGGAAGAAGAGGGGCAUUGUUUCCAUAUCUUGUAUGAGAAAGAGACCGAGAAUGUUGCAAAAAUGAUCGAACGCUUGGCUGCUUUUCUUGUCUAGUAGAUUAUGUUCAUUUGCAUGCUAGUUUUUGGUCAUGUGUUAGUCCGAGAGCAAGAUGCUAAAGAUGAUAUAUCUCUCAGUUGUCUAUUGAUAUAUAUUAAGUAAUAAAUAACUCAAUGAGUUUCUCUAUCUA